GCUUUGCGUACAGGACAAACGUGAGAUUUUGGUCUCCGCCGACGGCUGCGAUUCGGACAUGGGAAAGAUUUGCAGGAGAAUCGAUGUGGGCAGGGAAUCGCAUCUCUGACAGCGCUUACUGGGUCAACAUCAGUGAUUGAGUUGAUGGCUCCGGCGUACUGUGCCCUAAACUGCUCAUGAGCGACGUAAAGGAGAUCAGAGAUGGCAGAGCGCAAACUUUGAAGGAAUUGGCGUUCUGGGGCUGAAGACAUGGUCGAUCGUUUCUUCUGUCCCUGCUCCUGUUAUGACUGUCAAAGAUUUGAUGAGCAAGAGUAACCAAAAUCGAGCUCUGACAUACGACAUUGACGGUAGUCACAAGCUCUCACCCGUCGCAGCCCAGCAUCCGUGGAGGAAGCUAAGAGUGAAUUGUCGUCAACCCUUCGGCACAAUUGAGCAUCGAGCUUGCAUAGGUCUAGCAUAUGUUAAAUUUACAACGUGCAAACCUUGAGCCUGUCAAGUGCCUGCGAGUGAGAACGGCAUAAAUAGCAGAGCUAAAUGCUUUAGCACGGCAACGAAAAGAAAACUUUCUUCGGGGAUUCUGUCAAGCGACACUGUUAUUCAUGGAGGAAAAUCUCCAGAAAAGUCGAAACAAAGUUUCUGGAAAAAUACAACACAACCUGAAUAUUUGAAACUGAAUGUAAAGGCCGAACCGCAUGACUCUGCUGUUCCUUUUGAUAGUCCUCAAUUUCCUAGAGUAGUUAGCGGUAUGUCUAAGUUGAAAUGCAGAAAUCAGAGUCCAGAUCGAAAGGAAAUAGUGGGGAACAAGAAGCCUAAGAUUGAGAAGGUAGUAAAAGAGGAGAUAGUUGCUGGUUCUGAGGCAGCUGAAGAGCGUAAGAUGGAGAAGGUCUCCAAAAAGAAGUUAGUGAUUGGUUAUGGGGCUGUAAAGACUGCAUCACACAAUCAAGAUCUUCGACUUGAUUGUUCCCCAUUUCCUAGAAAAGAAGGCAGUAUGUCCAAGACAAAAAGCAAGAAUCGAAGUCCAGAUCGUCAAGAUAUUGUGGGGAAUUUGAAACCUAAGAUUGAGAAGGUUACAAGUGUCGUGGCAGUAGUUGGUUCAGAGGCAAGUAAAAAUUUGGAUAUUGCCCAAUCUUCCAAUUACAUGCGGGAUAGGAUUCCAGGAACUUCAGCAGCAGCUCUAAAGAAAAGAAAAACUGAAGGGUUUGAGAAUGUUGGUAUUGAGAUCCAUGCGGCUUCAGAAGUAAGAAAAUCGGAUGACGUCCAUACCAAUAGACGUGAUGUUGUAGCUCAAGCACCUUCACGUACUAAACCACAAUCGGCGAAUGAGUCAGGGAAGGCUGUUAGAGCCUUAAUUAAGUGUUACAGGAAGGCUUUUUCUUCGCAAUAUCAGGGAUACAAAAUCCUGCAAGAGCAAUGUUUCGGACUCAAGGUCUGGAAAUGGGAGCGCAAUAUUGUCGAGACUGGACAAGUGAUUGCACUCUUCUUGUUUGUGCUUUCAAGGACACCCCAAAAUUUAAACAAGCCAAAGCGGUUGGGGGCACCAUUGUGUCCGAGGAAUGGGUUUCGGAGUGCCACAAGCAAAGAAAACUUAUUGAGAUCGAAAGCUUUCUAAUGUACAAGGGAAGGCCUUGGAGGUCAUCAGUUGGAACGUGCUUUAUUGCAGUGUACAAAUCAAACUGUGGAUCGUUGGAAGAAGUUACACAGUGGGUGUAUGACGAUUUGGAAUCUACACGCAGUUGGUUACAGCAGCGAGAUCCAAAGCCUGAACUGGAGGAUUUGGAGUUUAUAGCUGCCCAAGGUAUCAUGGUUCGCUUUGAGGAUAUCAUCAAGGGUCUUCAAGAUAAUCAAGGUGUUGCUAGCAUCGUUGGAAGUUGGGAAUGCGUUCCUCAAGCAGUCAAGGAGCUUAGAGCAAUGGAAGGGGGCAGAGAAGGAUACUUGAAGUGUACCCGAAGCAGUAUGCUAAGAGAAGCUGAUAGAUUAAAAUGUGUAUAUACAGACGUUCUGAGUCCUAUUUUUGUCGCUGAUUCUAAGAAGCCCCUUAGUGACAUUCAAAAGAAGAAACAGUGAGCCCACUAACUCGUUCGUUUUGGCACUUACCAUGGACUCGUCUGUUGGAAUAUCUUUGGAAAAAUGCUCGAAAUACAAAUAUCCAAAGGCUACACAGUGUUGCCUUCUAGGAAAUGCGGAGCAAUUGCUCGACUUUGUUGGUUUUGA